AUGGUUUGCAUACCUGCUAGAAAGGGCAAGCGCAAGGCGCCUUCUCCCUCGCCAGAAGCUUCCGAUUCUUCCUCAUCGGAAGCCUCCUCCAGCCGCUCAGCCGUAGAGGAGGAGGAAGCGGUAUCAGCCGAAAACUCGGACCACGAUCAAGCUUCCAACAUCGACUCCGACUCUGGACUUCACGAUAAUACCACUAGCGACUCAGAAGAGGAACAAGUCGAUGACAAUAAUGAGUCUGCCACAGAAAGCGACGACGACGACGAUGACGCCCGAGCGCUUCCAAAACUCGACACAGCAAAAGCCCGAACGAAACUGCACCACGUCGCCAAAACACUCCGCGCCACCGCCAAGAAGAGCAAAACCUUCGAAGUGCAAAAGCUCAUCAAAAAGCUCAAAGGUCUUCGGAAGAAGGCCUCCCUCGCCGACCAGGCCGAAGCUGCCGAAAAGGAGCUCGUCGCACUCAAGUCGAUCGAUACUGCUCUACUUGCCGGUCGUGCGCUCAUUACAAAGAUGGUCAAAGCGAAGCUGAUGCCCCGCCCGGCCGAGCUGGAGAGCGCAGACGAAGCGGACUAUGUCUACUUGCAGAUGGUCAGGGAUGAAGAGAUGCUAGGAGAGGCAGUGCUGAGUGAUCCCGUCGUAGCAGACGGGGAUAAGGCGGUGGAGAAGGCGAAGGCCAAGAUCGCUUCUUCCAAGGUAUUGGCGGACGAAGUGGGCAAGUUUGUAGAAGAGCUCAAGAAGCUAGUAAGGAUCGAGACUGCGGCCAGCAACAAGAAGGAGGUAGAGGAGGAUGUCAAGGGCAAGGGCAGAGCGGAGGAGGGCGAGGAAGAACGCGAGUGGUCGGGGUCAGAGGAGGAAUCCGAUUCCGAGGAAGACACACCUCGUCGAGUAGCGUUAGUCGAUGAUGACGACGACGAAGAGCAGGGCGAGGAUGCGGACGAAGAGCAGCUCAUGCGCAUUGGGAGCGAGAAGAUGAAAGCGCUUGGAGACUUGUCCCAAUGGGACGACAUGAUUGGGUCCGACUCUGGUGCCGAAUCCGCGUCCGAGGCCGAAGACGAAACACCGACCAAGCGGAAGCGAAAGAGUCGACAGGACUCGGAUGAAUCUAGCGACGACAGUGCCAGCAACAGCAACGGCGAUGACAGCAGUGCCUCGAGCUCUGACGAAGAUGGCGAUGACGACGCUUCCGACUCGGACAUGGACUCUGACGCAAGCACCUCCUCCUCCUCCACGCGACCCCGCAAGCGCAAAGCCUCUUCCUCCUCCUCCAAGCCCACCAAGAAGACCAAGUCCUCCACCGCAUCGACCUUCCUUCCCUCCCUCUCCACCGGCUUCAUCGCCGGCCGCUCCGACGACGAGUGGUCCGACGCCGAAGCCGAUCUCGCGGACCGCGAUCUCUCCGAGCUCAAGUCCGGCAGCAGUAAAAAGGAACGCAAGAAUCGCAUGGGCCAACGUGCACGCAAAGCGCUCUACGAGAAGAAAUACGGCUCCAACGCCAACCACAUCAAAGUGCGCGAGAAGCAGAAACAGGCCAAGCUCGAACGACACCCUUCCUCCACCAAUGCCGUUCGAGGUGGAAGGCAGAGGCCGCCAGCAUUCCAGCCUCCGGUGAAGAAGGAUGGAGGAUGGGGGGGACCGGUUGCUCCGCUGCCGAAGCAGCCGCGCGUGGUGAGGGCGCCGCCACCGGCUGCAGUUCCGGUGGCGAGGCACGAGACGGGAGCAAGGAGUGGCGCCCAAAAGCCAACACCGGCGGCAGCGCCAAAGUCGCAGGAGAUGCACCCAUCUUGGAUCGCAAAGCAGAAGCAAAAGGAGCUCAUGGCUCAGGUCAAACCGCAGGGCAAGAAAGUUGUCUUUGACUAA